AUGUCCACUGCGUACCAGCCACCAAUGGCUGCCUACGAGAACAAUGCCAUGCGUGGAUUUCCCCAAGCACACCCAUACAAUGCCAGGUCACGAGCUGCCAUGAGCGAGGCUCAUCAGGGGCAGAUACAUCGGUCGACAGUACCUCCACAAGUCCAGUUGCAACAACCUCAACCGGUCCAUUCUCAAUCCCUGGCUUCGAAUUGGAUGCAAAAAGAUGCAUAUCAACCAGUGAGCCAGGCAGCACCACCGCUGGUGGCUCAGCAAACACUACCGCCAUCACCGAAUGCCAUUGUUGUUCCAUUGGAACACCGAGGACACCCUACAGAUCUCGACUCGGAUGCGCUGAAGUUCCACAGUCUGGGCCUGCCUCGCUGGAUCAACCCGAAUGGCGGAGAUUUGGCUGCGUUUACGGCAAAGCUUCACACCUGGUCCAUCACUAAUCCAAGGCAGAUGACAUGCUUAUUCUGGUUCACCACGUCCGACGAGCUCCGACAAGCCGAGUCGGUCCGAACAAGACCUGCGAACGCACCGAUACCUCGAUUACCCAAGCUAGCGCGACCCCACGACGCCUUCAGGAAAUGGACCCAGAGUGUCUUGUCUACUACGCAAGUCACCCAGAAUGUUAUUCUUCUUGCCCUCUUCUUUAUCUACCGCCUCAAGAUGGCGUCACCCGAGGUCAAGGGGAGAGCCGGGAGCGAAUACAGACUGCUGGUCGUGGCCCUGAUGCUGGGGAACAAGUUUUUGGACGAUAAUACGUACACCAACAAGACAUGGGCAGAAGUCUCGGCGUUCGACGUGAAGGAGAUUCACGUCAUGGAGGUCGAAUUCCUGAGCAACAUGCGGUAUAAUCUACUGGCCUCCAAGUCAGAAUGGGUGGCAUGGCUGGAGAAGCUGUCCUGCUUCCACGAGUACUACGAAAGGGCCUUGCACAUCCCCGACUCUCCUCUCGACGUUGCCUCGCCAGCUCACCAGCUUGUCCACUCGCCCUUGCACUCGCCCACGAACAUGUCUGUACCCGACUUUGGCCCUGUCACACCAACAGCCGUGAACAACUUCUCACCGACGUCCAGCCGCUCGCAGCAGAACUGGGCGGCUUAUCAGACCAACAACGUCUCGCCCCUGGCGUCCAAGCCGGUCGUCAGCCUCGUACCCUCACGGAAAAGAAGCAUGGACGAAGACAUGUUGGAGCAUCCGGCGAAGCGUGCGGUGCCCUCGUCCCGCUUGGUCCAACAAGGACUGGCCUCAAACGUACCACAGCCUGCCGGUAGACUCACAGCGCCGAACCUGGCCCUGCAUACCAAUCAACAACGCAACCUGCCGGCGCUGACGAUGCAGACACAGACGUCAGCAUAUCCGCAACAGCAACAGCAACAGCACCCGCACCAGCAAGCGUACAUGACACCAACGAACGGCAGCUCAGCCGCCGGUCACGUGUCGCUGCCGCCGUUGCAACCUGGUCUCCGAGCCAUGUCUACCGUUUAUCCGUCAGGACAGUCCGGCAUGGCGACCCAGAACAUGGGGCCCACGACGGCGCCAAUGCAACAAGCUGUGUUUGCUCCGACGCUGCCCAGUCAUACUCCAAUGGGAUACGGGGCGGCCCCCAAGCACCACAGCCCGGGCAGCCUCGCGCCGUACUCAACGGCAUCGCCGCUACCCGACCACUUUGGCCCUGGCUCUGUGAUGAGCACACCGAUGGCACACACUCCCAAUUCCAACUCGCCCAGCUUCUAUCUGCAGCAGAGGCACAGCCCUUACAAGCCCAUCAGGCACGUCAACACUCUCCUGUACCCACCACCCUCAGCGUCUCUGGAUCAGUACCAUAUGCAAGUCCCACAUCCUCCCGCGCAGAUGCAUUAUCAGCCCAUCGGCCGCAGGAAUGAGGUGCGGACAGGCGUGGUCCCUGAGUACAUGAUGUACAGUCAGCGACUUCCGUCACAGAUGACGGCCCAGCACCACAUUGCUUCCUAG